CUGAAUAAAGGCUUGGGCUCAUCUUUUUUAAGGUGGAUAUUCCCCCUUUCAGUCAAAAAAUUUUCGGUAUGUGUCAAAUCAGAAAAAAGUCGGUAAUAACAGAAAUCAACAAAUUAAUAUUUAGUUGUUUAAAGAUUAUUUAAUAUAUAUUUAUCUUGUUUACUUUUAGUUUUCACUGUUAAAGUUUGUUAGAUUCUUGUUCUUGUCUAGUCAAACAGUGUAUCAUUCGCUUUCAUAGUAUUUUUUGCUUUACGUAAGAGAUCAUUACAUCUUUGUUUCUGUUUCGUUACCUGCACCCCACGGGAUCACAAAGAUAAAUAUCUAUUCUAAGAAGAAGCAUUAAUCAGUAUAAAUAUAAGUAUAACUACUUACUAAGAACUAGUACUAAUAAUAUAAAUUAAGAACCACAAGUCAGAAUGGCUAUUUUCAGAUCAAAAUCAAACAAACCAGGACGUCGUCCAACUAAUGUCAAUAAUAUCGAUGUUAAAAUCUCUUCUAAGGAUGAACGAGAUUUUCAAAUGAAUUCAUCAUCUGUUCAUGAUCCAAUUUUAACUGCGGUUAAUGAAGCACAACCAUUCGAACAGGCUGCUGAUAGAACUCUUGAUAAUAGAAGACCAAGUUAUUUGAGUCAAGGAUCUCAUGAUUUAAAAGAUAUCUUUGGAACUCCAAUCGACAGACCUGAUGUUUCCAAUCCAACUAGAGCAAGAAAUGAAAGACCUUUAGAUACAAUUAGAGGAUUUGAAUAUGCUAUUACUGGUGAUUUAUCAUAUCGUGAUCAAUUAGAGACUCAUAGAUUAGGUUGGGGAUUCCAUGAAGAUUUCCCUCAUUACAAUUUACAAGCAACUGUUCCAGGAGCUGUUGAUCCAGUUGGAGGAUCUGGUUCAGCUGGUUUAUAUCAAGCUCCUGCAGCUAAUUUUGAUCAAGCAAUUUAUCAAAAUAAUAACUACAGUGCUUCAAGUUUAAGACAUGACGGUAAGAAAAAGAAAAAGGGGGGUUUAUUUGGUAGAAAGAAGUAAUCGAGCUAAGUAUAACUAGUUAGAUCAUUGCAAUUACUACUCAUUCACCAUCUUUUCUACGAACUUUUACGAUUGAUUUUAGUGCUUUCAUGGCUUUUUUUUCCCACAGCAAACAAAUAAAGACACCACCACCCUUACCCCCGUCCACCCCCCCCCUUAUAUGAUAAUACAUUAUAUCGUAUCAUAUGAAGUUAUAUAUUUAUAUAGUUAUUUAUGUUUAUUUCUUGUAUUUGUCCUUUAAUAAAACAGGUAUUUCUUUUACAUUCGCCGCCAA